AUGACUGUCUACAAUAAGGCUACUAUAAAUAUUUAUCUACAUCCACCUGUCUCAGUACAUCUCUCUCGCUUUCGGUUUCCAAACCCGACUCACUGCAACAGGGAUGUACACUUUCUUCCUCUCUUUGGUUUUCUUCUUUCUUUCCUUCUUCUUCUUUACACAAUUCAGCUUAUAACAGAAGUAUACACUUUCUUCUCUGGUUUCCUUUUUCUUUCUUUACACAAUUCAACUUGUAACAGAGGUAUAUACUUUCUUCCUCUCUGGAUAUCCGUUUUCUUUUCUUUACACAAUUCAACUUGUAACAGAGAUAUAUGCUUUCUUCUCUGGUUUCCUUUUUUCUUUAAACGCAGGCUGAAUCCUCAGCGUAUAACUUUCUCUGCGUCUUCAAUUUGCACACACUUGCAGACUCUUCAAUUUGGGAUUCUCGAACAGGAAUAUUUCUUAUAUUUCUUGUCCGGAGUUGCCUGGGUUGAACUGGAUAAGUUCCAUCACAUUCAAAUGCGUCUUAUGUUUCCGUUCAUAAACUAUCAGCGCUUCGGCUUCAGGUCUUGUCUCUUCCAAGUCAAGAUAGUAACUGAUUCUCGAUUUCACAUUUCUUCCUCCCUCACCCCCCAACGCUAUAAUUUUCUCUUAUUACCGUCUCGCCUCUCUUUUCCAGAUGACAAGAUAGAUUACUUUUAUACAAUUAGAUCCAUUCAUUCAUACAUAAGCUCAAUCCAUUUAGUUAGAGCCUCCCACCUUCCCGCUUUUUUUUUUCUCUCUCGCUUUUUCUGCCUACAACUCCAACAGCUAAAAAGCCCACUUCCAUUCGUUUGA